AUGGAAAUCGCAUAUAUAAGGGCCUGCAUUCCCAGUAAAACACACUUUUUCACUACCUUUUGCCUUCUAUUUGAGUCAAUGCAUGACCUAAUAGACUGUGGCACGGCAUAUCAUCGUACGCACCUUGACCUUCCCAAACAACGGUUGCUCGAGCGAUACCGUUUGUCUUAUUUCGAUGCAAUACAUGAUGGUCGUUCCGAGCUGUGGUGGCAAGGGUUCAUAGAAAUCUACACUGAAGAACAUCCCUGCACCGUGCUGGAUCGACGCUUUACUUCGCAGGCCUGCUACGAAGAGAGCGUUCGCUUGUUGCGAGAGGUAUUAGAACAGUGGAUGGAUGUGCAUGGAGGGAGGAUUGCCAAGCUUACUGCUUACUAUAGCACUAAUGGCCAGGACACCAAACAUGGCUCCAAUACCUCUUGCCCCGCAGAUGUCCUAGAGAUGAAGAGUUCAGUUCAUAACGAGAGAGAAGAUCCUCAGAGCGAUGAUAUUCAGCAUGCUACCACUGGUCGCAUUCUACAGUGGAGGGCCGGGGUUGCUGAGGCGUACGACACAGGACAUAUGAUGGGUCUGAUAGAUAGAAAACCUUAG